CACAAACUCAAUUAAUGUCCUGAAUCAUCCGGGCCCGAUGACGACGCCUGCUGUGAUGCCCGUGCAGGACUGCUGAUGAAGAACUGGUUGGUAUAAAGCCAGGUCAUUGCCUGUCACUGGGAACCCGGCACACAGCUCAAUCCACUUCCCUGGCUUUUCGCAUUGCCUGCAAGAUGCGUUCUUACAUCUGGGCUUCUUUCACUGCGGCUUUUGCAGCCUUUGCGGAUGCUGCAGCUCCAUCCACCCUGGCAGAGCUUUGCACUGAUUCCAUUGCCAAAGCUGCUCUGCCACCCUCCGAGUUCAUCCAGGGCAUAACCAUCGACUCGGACUCUGUGACCGCUGAAGUCGUGACAAACAGCAGCUACUCUAGUGAUUUCUACCCCACUGCCACGAUUAGCUACUGCAACGUCACGUUUGCCUAUUCCCAUGAUGGCAUUGACGGUGACCAGGUCCUUUUGGAGAUCUGGCUUCCUGCACCAUCAGACUUCAAAAACCGCUGGCUUUCCACCGGUGGCGGAGGCUACGCCAUCAACUCCGGGGAUCAGUCACUGCCAGGUGGUGUCAUGUACGGUGCCGCGUCGGGUAUGACGGACGGUGGCUUCGGUGGGUUCUCUGACAAUGCUGACACAGCUAUGCUGUUGGCAAACGGAACUCUGAAUUACGAGGCUCUCUACAUGUUCGCCUACAAGGCACAUCGUGAGCUGAGCUUGAUCGGGAAGGCCUUCACUCGCAGCAUCUACGAUCUGAGUGACACCGAAAAGCUCUACGCUUAUUACCAGGGGUGCUCUGAGGGCGGCCGCGAAGGAUGGAGUCAAGUGCAGCGCUAUGGUGACGAAUGGGAUGGAGCGAUUAUCGGUGCUCCGGCUUUCCGGUGGUCUUUCCAACAGACCCAACACCUGUAUUCCAACAUCGUCGAGAAAACCCUUGAUUACUACCCGCCUCCCUGCGAGCUAGAGAAGAUCGUCAACGAGACUAUCACAGCCUGCGAUCCCAUGGACGGCAAAACCGAUGGCGUGGUAGCACGCACCGACCUCUGCCUCCUAGACUUUGACAUCAGCACCAUCGAGGGCAAGCCAUACUCAUGCGCCGCCUUACGAGGCACUCCUGCACAAAACGGCACCGUAUCCGCCAAAGGCAUCGAAGUAGCCAAAACCAUCAUCGACGGCCUGCACGAUUCCCAAGGCCGUCGAGUCUACUUCUCCUACCAACCCACCGCCGCAUUCGACGACGCCGAGACACAGUACAACUCCACAACCGGCGAAUGGGAACUCAACAUUGACCAACUCGGAGGGGAAUACAUCGCCCUAUUAGUCAACAAAAACGGCACUACCCUCGACAGUCUCGACGGCGUCACCUACGACACCCUCAAAGACUGGAUGAUCUCAGGCCUACAGGAAUACUUCAGCACCUUGCAAACUACCUGGCCUGAUCUCACUCCCUUCCACCAGAGUGGAGGAAAAAUCAUCCACUUCCACGGCGAUGCCGAUUUCAGCAUCCCCACCGCCGCAUCCAUCCGGUUCUGGGAAUCCGUCCGUACAAUCAUGUACCCUAACCAAGACUACAACACCAGCGCCGACUCCCUCAACGACUGGUACCGUUUCUACACCAUCCCCGGAGCUGGCCACUGUGCAACAAACGAUGCCAUGCCGAAUGGGCCAUUCCCGCAGACCAAUCUAGCCGUGAUGAUCGAUUGGGUGGAAAAUGGCGUGACUCCAACGACGCUGAACGCAACGGUGCUGCAGGGCGAAAACGAGGGUCAGAAUCAACAGCUCUGCGCAUGGCCGCUACGGCCUUUGUGGAGUGCUAAUGAGACGAUGGAGUGUGUGUAUAACCAGCGGUCGAUUGAUAGCUGGCAUUAUGAUCUUGAUGCGGUUCCGAUGCCUGUUUAUUAAGCCGCAACCAGGAUGAAGCAGUAUGAUGGCUCUCUUGAGAUGGUGUCCAAUGACAGUCUGUA